CUCCGUCUCGGCUCUGAGGCCCCUAACUUCGAGGCUGACUCCUCCAACGGCCCCAUCACCUUCCACGACUUCAUUGGCGACAGCUGGACUGUCCUCUUCUCCCACCCCGAUGACUUCACCCCCAUCUGUACCACCGAGCUUGGUGCCUUUGCUAAGCUCGAGCCCGAGUUCACUGCUCGCGGUGUCAAGCUGAUCGGUCUGAGUGCCAACGGCACCGAGUCCCACCACGCCUGGAUCAAGGACAUUGACGAGGUCACCGGCUCCAACCUCAAGUUCCCCAUCAUCUCCGACCCCGAGCGCAAGGUCGCCUACCUGUACGACAUGGUCGACUACCAGGACACCACCAAUGUCGACUCCAAGGGCAUGGCUCUCACCAUCCGCUCCGUCUUCAUCAUCGACCCCAAGAAGAAGAUCCGUCUCAUUAUGACCUACCCCGCCUCCACCGGCCGUAACACCGCUGAGGUCCUCCGUGUCAUCGAUGCCCUCCAGACCACCGACAAGCACGGCGUCACCUGCCCCAUCAACUGGACUCCUGGCGAUGACGUUGUCAUCCCCCCCCCCGUCUCCACCGAGGAGGCCCAGAAGAAGUUCGGCGACAUCCGCAUUGUCAAGCCGAAACGAUUGAAUUAUCUGGUUCCGUUCUCCUCCGCAGCGGGGACAGUAGUCACCGAUACCGAUCGAUUUCGACUUUCCGCCCGCCUGUCCCCUCCACCCCCCCCUGAUCAUCCCUCCUCCGGUCGCACUGCCCCCCCUCAGGCCCAUUUAGACGUCGAAGAUCACCCGACCGCUUUCCCACCAACGUUGCUGCCAAAAUCUCUUUCUAGGUCUUCGCAAUCCUCCAACUCCGGUCCGAUCAACCUGUCAGGCCUGGUAUGCAAUGUCCGUCGGACCACCGGCAGGGAGCCGCACCCUCUCGUGGGCGCAACGACAACCAUCUUGGGCGAUAAGCUAUACGUGUUCGGAGGCCGGGUGCUCUCCAAGAGUCGUCCGCAGUUGACGUCGGACAUAUACGAGCUGGACUUGAUCCGGCGUCACUGGACCAAGAUCGAGGCGACCGGCGACAUCCCCCGCCCGCGGUAUUUUCACAGUGUUUGUGCCUUGGGAGACCAUAAACUCGUGUGCUAUGGCGGCAUGUCGCCUUCCCUAAAUGUGUCCAAGGACCCUGCUGCCGUGAGCGGGGGAGCGGGGGGUCAGGACGCUCAACCGGAAGUCGUGGUCAUGUCAGACAUCCACAUCUUUGACGUGCCCACUCGGACCUGGACCCGCGUGCCAGCCAUCGAUUCCCCCCAGGGCCGAUAUGCGCACUGUGCGACGAUUCUCCCCUCCAGCGCCCAUUUCACUUCAGCCACCGCACCUCUUUCGGCUAUACACCAUAACCCGGCGUCUUCGAACCCGCACCAGGGCACGAUCGGAGUGGAUAUUGAUGGGUUUGGGGGUGCCGAGAUGGUCGUGGUCGGGGGGCAAGAUAGUUCAAAUCAUUACAUCGAGCAGAUCAGUGUCUUCAAUCUGCGGAGUUUGAAGUGGAUGAGCACCAGCACGCUUGGCCGCAGCUGUGGUGCUUACCGCAGCGUGGUUGCUCCCCUGCUGGGUAUGAGUGUCUCGGAGAUUGGCUCUGCGGCGGAGGAUCGAGAUGCACAGGAGCCCAUUGAGGACUCCCAGGUCGAGGGUUGCCCAAUGCUCAUCUACUCUAAUUACAACUUCCUGGAUGUCAAGUUGGAGCUUCAAGUACGCUUGCCUGACGGUCGCUUGGUCGAGAAACCCAUGCAAAGUCAGGCCUCGCCCCCGGGGUUGAGGUUCCCCAACGGAGGCGUCAUCAACGGUCAUUUCGUUGUCAGUGGUACCUAUUUGACUUCCUCGAAGCAGGAAUAUGCUCUUUGGGCACUGGACUUGAAGACUCUCACUUGGGGUCGAAUCGAUGCUGGCGGCUCGGUCUUCGGUCAGGGUAGUUGGAACCGCGGAGUUCUAUGGUCGAGGAGAAAUACCUUUGUUAUUUUGGGCCACCGAAAACGCAGCUUGGUGGAAGAUUAUAACCACCGGCGUAUCAACUUUUCACACGUGUGCAUGGUAGAAUUGGAGGCUUUCGGUCUCUACAACAAUGCGUGCCGGACUGCACCCACCUCGGGCUAUGUCUCCUACAGUGCGCCAUCUGUACCGGCUUCUCUCCAGUCGAAGCUCACCAAACUGACCUCUGGUGGACGACCGUUCUCUGCGGCCUCGGACGAACUAGGUCGUCUCGCCCACUCGCUACCUGAAAUGGCCGAUAUGGAGCUCCAAGCCGUGGGAGGGGAACGCAUCCCCGUCAACUCGCGCAUCCUGACGCGCAGAUGGGGUCCCUACUUUAUUCAACUACUCCGCGACUCCUGCGAUGGGGGAGUCUCUGACUCUGCUACUCUUCGUCCUGCGGUUGCCAUGUAUCCCAGCCGCAACUCAAGUAUUACCAUCACCCCCUCGAUCGGCCAGAACAGCAACUAUUCCAACGCCAGCACGCUUGUCAGUAACCGCUCCGUCACCUCUAAAUCGUUACUAGCGAACCUCGAGAUACCCUCUGCGCAUUCUCUAUCGCCUACCGCUCGUCCCCGUGUACUCUACCUACCUCACACCUACCUCACACUCCAAGUCCUUGUCUACUAUUUCUACACGUCCUCCCUGCCCGCUGUGGGCUCCUCUCUCUGCACCCCCCAGAUUCUCUGCUCCCUCCUCCAACUUGCCCGCCCUUAUCAGGUCGACGGCCUCCUCGAAGCUACGGUCGAACGCCUCCACCAAAUGCUCGACGGCCGCAAUGCUGCGGCCGUCUUCAACGCGGCCGCCAUGGCCGCGGGAGGAGGCCGUGGGACCGGGUUCGCCAGCGGGCUUGGUGGCACCCUGGAAACCCUGAACGGCGCUCACGCGGCCGCCACCGCCGCCGCGCAAGACCCCUCUGCCCUGACCACCACGACCACCAACACGACCGCCACCACGCAACCCUCCUCAGCGGCCCAAAGCCACCUCACCUCCGACUCGUCUGACACGGAGCACGGCACCACCGCAUCGGCCGCCCUCUCGACGGCCAGCAGCGUCAGCGGCGUCGGGGCCUCCUCCACCUCGCGCGGCAUCCCCCUCCGCAUCAACACCAACAUCUUCAGCCGCCGCCAGCGCCACAGCGACCGCGAGCGCGCGCGUGAGCGCGAACGCGAACGCGAACGGGAACGGGAGGUGGAGCUCGAGCGCGAACGGGACCGCGAGGACUCCAUCAGCAACGCCAGCACCGCCACCUCGGCCUCGGCCUCGACGAACACCAGCUUCGACCAGUCCGACUCGGAGUACGGCGGCGGCGGCGAAUCCGCCGACCGCGCCCGCUCCUCGUCGCAUCACCGCCGCAACACAGACGCCGAGCUCCGGCCCGAGCGCGAGAUCUGGACCGGCGACCUCAGCAGCGUCAUCGGCCUGCAGAAGCGGGGUCUCCGCGGGCUGAUGGAGGGCCGCCGGCUGCGGGAGCGCACGGCCAAUCCCCCGCCCAACGGCGGCAGUAACGGGGUGAAACAGGGUAGUGCGGCGGUGAGCUUGAAUGGGAAUGGGAAUGGAGUGGAGUAG